AUGAAAAAAUAGAUAGGGUAAUUAGAAUAGAUAUUUUCCAACCCGGGCUAAUUAGAUUACUUUCCUAUCGAAGCUGAUCUUCUUGUUUAUCUUCUGUCUCCGAUUUGGUUUGGAUAAUAAAGUCCGAUCUAGAGACCGGAGUAACCCUUUAUAUGUUCUUCAUUCAAAAGUCUGACAACUAUGCCCUCUGUUUUCUUUGUUAUCAUCUUGGCUGGAUUGCUUCAUUGAUUAUAAAUCUUCAUGCUUUAUGGUUAAUAUUCUGGGCUUGCUUGGCAUGAAGUGUUUCGUUGACUGUAAAUCGAGAUGAUGAGAGAUUCUUGGAGGAGAUGAGAUUAGACUAAGAAGAGUUGGGGUCUUGUAAUGGAUGUCUCAACAACUGGUUUACAUCUCUUUCUUUCAAGCUCUCUGGAAUUAAAUGAAGAUGAAGACCGGAGAACCUGGUCAUAUGUUUCGGUGAUUGUUAUAGAGGGUAUUUCAGAAGUAUUUUAAAGUCUGUAGGUGAUGAAAAAUUGGAAGCGUUGAAGCUUGGAACGGCAGAAAGGCAGAGCUGAGUUCGCCGGCGAACGGCGAGCUGAGGUGUCCGUGGAAAGCGCUAAACCAGUUUCCAUUAGCUGCCACGUGGUCAUGUAUUGUUCGGUGGAUAACAGGUGGACAGUUCACGUUCAUAGUUUCCUUACCGACUAAGCUUAAUGUAAUUGGGCCUCUGUAUACUUUAUUGCCUCUGUAUGUAGCAUAGUCUAUUGGGUUUAAUGAAAUUAAAUAUGUUGACAAAAAAAAAAAAAAAAGCAGCCUGAAUUUGGCAAAUUGGUCCAAAAUAGAUUAAUGUCCAGCCUAAUUCGACUCUUCUGCGUCGGGUUCCGUUUCGGCGAGAGAGAGCAAAACGUUGCUCGAGGAUGGAGAAAGGAGGGGAAGCAGGAGAGUAUCAUUCAAAGGAUUUCGAAUGGGAGUUUGUGAAGAAUUUGGUCGAGAAUGAUCCUUCUCUCUCCCACCAUCUACAAGAACAACAUCUAGUAGAUUCCUCCUCCUUCUCCUCUUCUGAUUCGAAGCCAUGGCAAGAUUUCCACUCCCGUCACUCCUCCGGAAAGUUCUUCAAGGAAAGAAGAUAUCUGUUGAAGGAAUUUCCUGAGUUAGUUUUAUGUGGCGAAAACACUAAACUCUUGGAAGUCGGUUGCGGUAAUGGGAGUACUGUCCUUCCACUUUUACGUGGAAGCAAGAACAUUACCGUAUACGCUUGCGAUUGUAGCAGUGAGGCCCUCGUUAGGACUAAAGAGAACAUUAAUCGCGCUAUUGCUACAGUUGAUAACUUCCAUUCUUUCACUUGUGACUUUUCAACGUCUGCAUUCCCAAAUUGGUUGGCGUGUCAUCAUUGUCGACACAACAAACAUUGCCACCAUUCAGGGAAGAGUGAUGAUACUUCUUUGAAUGAGCAUUGCAUCGGUGGAGUGGAUUUUGUCACUCUGAUUUUCACAUUGUCGGCAGUGCCUAAAGAAAGGAUGCCGAGAGCUAUCAAAGAAUGCUUUGCUGUGCUGAAACCUGGUGGUCUGCUCUUGUUCAGAGAUUACGGCUUAUAUGACAUGACUAUGCUGCGGUUUGAGCCAGAGAAAUGUAUUGGGUUUAGGGAAUACGUGCGGUCAGAUGGAACCCUUUCCUAUUUCUUUUGUCUCGACACUGUUAAAAAACUAUUUACAGAUGCCGAAUUCAUCGAGGUCGAGCUUGAAAAUUGUUGUGUCAAAGCAGUAAACCGGAGAAAGAAUAAGAAUAUGUACAGAGUUUGGGUUCAUGGGAAGUUUCAAAAGCCAUUUCUAAAAUAAAAAAUGAAAGGCAAGUGCUGGUCCAAUGCGGAAUGGCUAAAACGUUUAUUUAUUUUUAACAACAUGUCAAACUCUUUUGCGACUCUUCUAGCAGGCAGCAUUUUCGUACUUGGUGUUUCUCCAAAUCUUUUCUAGCUUUGUUCUUCUUUUUUUUCUGUUUUAUGGUUUUUUUUUGGUCAA